CAACCUUGAUAGAUGUAUUGUCUUAUUCGGCUUUACAAAAAUCACAUUUGAUUUGAUGACAAAGUUUGAGGUUUAAGAAUUAGCAUAUUAUUUACAGUUUGGUUGUGUACUUCUCUUAUUGGUUGAAAAUAAUAGGUUUGUAUGGAGUUUUUGCCACUGAAUCUUGGAAAAAUGGGAGCUCCACACAAAUUUUCCACGUGGAGUGAUUUUUCUUGUUUAGAAAUAAAAACUUGUAUGUUAUUUGUACACUUGUGGCCUUUGAUAUGUAUUCCACUUAAAAACAUGGUAAAUUUAUAUGGAAUAUUAAAUGUCUUAGUUCUAAGAAAGUCCUCAUAACUAAGAAUUUGAACGUUUUUAAACAGUGUUCUGUUGGUUUUGAACGCAGCCCAGUUGGUCAACUGCCACUUCACCUCAACGUCAUUUCCGUCACACAACCUUCUCCUAGAGUUUUGUCUAAGAUGGCGUCAAUGCAGUUAACGGAUGAGGAGCUUUUCUCCGAAUUAAAGCGUUUCGGUUUCACUCCAGGCCCGGUUACCGAGAAUACCCGUCCGGUGUAUUUAAAGAAAUUGAAGAAGCUUCGCGAAGAGCAACAGCAGCGGGGCUCCAGAUCGGGUAAAACCCGUAGCAGCGGGGCCAUCCACAGCACCACUGGCGGCGGCAACACGGCGGGAUCCAGGCCAGCCAGCCAUGACGUCACGCACCUGAGCUCUAACAGGAGACCGGGCCGGAAGUCCUCCGUCCUCGGCUUCAGCUCCGACGAGUCUGACGCUGAAACUCCACUGAAAAGAAAGGGCCUCAAUCACAGCGGCAGGGCAGACCGAAGCUCCGGUUUUCAACAACAACCGAAGAUAAGGCCUGUUACAACACCGACUGUGGCUAUCAAGAGUCAGUAUGGCGCUGGGAGUACGCUGAAUAGCAGCAGUUCUUCCCCGGGUCCGGACGGACAGAGAGGUGUCUCGCUGGGCUGGGGAGUUCGUGCCAGAUCCAGCCCUGAGGCGAAAGGGAGGGAUUACGACGAAUCGGGAGAAGAGGACGAUUAUGAGGGGGAAACGGAGAAGAACUCUCGCUCUGUAAAUGGCUGCGGGGCGUCUCACUUGAUCACUAGCAAGUUAGCCGGGGAUUACUCAGACUCCGACGAGGAGGAGGUUGGGGGCCUUGGCGGCGUAGACCGACAGCGGGAUAGGUUAGAGCCCAGACGGAGCCACCCGAAAGCGGCGUUCCCUUCCCACGGAGUCGGCCGAGGGUCUCAGACGGGAGGGGCAGCCAGAGAGGUUAACUCGCCUGGGAGUCUAAACAUGGUGGGAAGACGGAGGGAGGAGGGGGAGGAAGACGAGGUGAAGAGAAGGGACUCGGACCCAUCGGGAGGCUUGCGGAGCCACAACUUUCCCAGGAAGUCCAUCUACGUCUCCCUCUCCGAGAACCAUGGAAGAGAGGCCGGCAAAAACAACCACGUCGACAGCGAGGACGGAUCCUUCAGAAGCAGCAGCUCUAAUAGGUUCAGCAUCGGGCUGAGACCGCGCUUCUCCAACUACAGCAGCCUGUCCCAGCCUUACAGGGGCAACCACUCCAACCACACCGCUCCCAACCACUCAUACAGCCAGACAGCGCUGAAGCAAAAGCUGUCUGUCCCGGAGGAUGAGCUGCUCCAGCAAUUCAAAAGGGAAGAAGUGGCCUCCUCUGGUAGCUUCAGCGCUCACUACCUGUCCAUGUUCCUGCUCACGGCAGCCUGCCUCUUCUUUCUGCUGCUAGGCCUCAUGUACCUUAGGAUGAGGGGCUCUGGAUCCUCAGAGGUGGAUGGAGUCAUUAAGAGCCACCCUUUUGGCGGCGAGUUUGACUCUUCUUAUGACAAGGCAGAGAAGGACCUGAUCCUGAAGCUGCUGCUCAAUCUACACGACCACCUGGCCCACAUCGCUGGCCAGCACGACUGUGGAGACCAGAAGUGUCCAAACAGGAGUCUGUCCAUGGACGAGGCCUCUGCGUAUUUACGGGCCCAGAAUCAGGAGUUUGAAGGCUUCAUUCAUUUGUCUCUGGAGUGGAUCAUCCGGGCAGGACAGGACGUGGGCAUAAGGCUGACUGGGCAGGUAGCUGAUAACCCGGUGACCGAUGUGUCUGAGAUCUCUCGGCUGGAGUCCACGCACCCCAAGAUGCCCUUCACAUGCCGCUUCCGUCGAGCCUUCGUCACCGUCAUCAGCAGAGUCUUCGUCAUCGCAGUCGUGGUGGGCUGUGUGUGGAGCGUGGUCUGGUACAUGAAGUAUCGCUGGAGGAGGGAGGAGGAGGAGACCAGGCAGAUGUAUGACAUGGUGGAGAGGAUCAUCGACGUGUUGAGGAGCCACACUGAGGCUUGCCAAGAGAACCAGGACCUACAGCCCUACAUGCCCAUCCCCCAUGUCAGAGACUCCCUGGUUCUGCCUCAGGAUCGGAAGAAGAUGAAGAAGAUCUGGGACCGGGCUGUGAGCUUCCUCUCAGCCGACGAGUCCAGGAUUCGAACAGAGAAUCAGAGGAUCGGCGGAGCGGACUUCCUGGUCUGGAGGUGGAUCCAGCCUUCUUUCAGUUGCGACAAGACCUCCUUAAUGCCCUCCAAAGUUUGGCAGGGAAAAGCGUUCCCUCUGGACCGGAGGAACUCGCCUCCCAACAGCCUGACUCCAUGUCUGAAGAUCAGGAACAUGUUUGACCCGGUCAUGGAGGUUGGGGAGAACUGGGAUCUAGCCAUCCAGCAGGCGAUCCUGGAGAAGUGCAGUGACAACGACGGCAUCGUCCACAUCACUGUUGACAAGAACUCACGAGAGGGCUGCGUCUAUGUCAAGUGUCUCUCUGCAGAGCACUCAGGGAAAGCCUUCAAGGCACUUCAUGGCUCCUGGUUUGAUGGUAAGCUGGUGACAGUAAAGUAUCUGCGUUUGGACCGAUACCACCAGCGCUUCCCGCAGGCACAGGGCUGCAACACGCCCCUGAAGGCCUCCAGCCUCCUCCACCCGAACACCACAAGCACCGCGGACACUACGCCCAGCCUGCAGCACCACGGCUCAGCCAACUCUUCAGGCUUCUCAUGAGAUCACCAUUAAAGCAUUAGAUUUAGCGUUCUCUUCUGUGCCCUCCCAGCAGCACAGCACCAGUCUGCUGCUGCUCCUUCACUGCUUUAUAACGGGGAAGACUUAAGUCUGUGCCAUGGGAGAGCUUUUUUUU